AUGGCCGCAAGUACAUUACUCACACGUCAACUGUCACAUAAAAAACCAUCUAGUAAAAUAAUAUCGACACCAGUAAUAGUUAUUCAUAAGGAUGACAACGGUUUCCUUGAAGAGUGGAUAGAAGAUCAAUCCGACUAUGCAUCCAACUUCACCGUAUCCACAUCGCCAUCACCGGCUCCUUCACCCAUGAUGCUACCAAUAAAGUCGUUUAAUGAUUCUAAAGAAGACCUCUCUUCUGCUUCCUUGCCAAAUCUCUCUCUAACAAGUUCUUCUUCGGAAAACUCGUCUGCUUUGAAAGCAGACUUAUUUUCCACAAGACGUCUCACUGUACACGAACUUACGGUUUCUGGCGGCGAGCCUGCAGCCUUAAAUCAAUUAAACAUGUUAAAACAAAAUGAUCGUGAUGGAGCUACUUUUACUAUGCCUGAUGAUUUGCUGCUAACUCCCCAACUGAGUAGCACCGAAGUCUCCCAAGUGACCACUGAAUCCUCUAUCUCAGUUGGCAUGACCUCAAGUAAAUAUGAAUCAUCAGACUCGACUCCCCCUCGGUUCGUCUUCAAGAAACCGGGUCGUCGAUCGAAAACAAAAUCCUUCCUUAAGGGAUUAAAAGAACACGUGUUUUCCAAAAAGUCAAAGAGUUCCCAAAAAUCUUGGUAUUAUUCAAACAGGAACGUUAACAUCGAGAAGUAUGGUAGAUGGGGUAAGGUGCUCGGUUCUGGUGUGGGUGGCCAGGUGAGACUAAUCCACCGUCUGACCGACGAUAAGGUUUUUGCCGUAAAACAAUUUCGUAAGCGAAGUCCCUACGAAUCCGAAAAGUCAUAUCUCAAAAAAAUUGUUGCUGAAUUUUGCAUUGGUUCAACGCUUCACCACGAAAAUGUUAUCGAGACGUUGGAUAUCCUACAUGAGAAUGGUCAGCUAUAUGAGAUAAUGGAAUUUGCCCCGUAUGAUUUAUUCGAGACGGUGAUGAGCGAAAAGAUGAGUGAAGCGGAGAUCGCCUGCGUUUUCAAACAACUCGUAAAUGGUAUAAAUUACCUGCACGAAAUGGGAAUUUCCCAUCGGGAUCUAAAAUUGGAUAAUGUAUGUUUGAACGAGAAUGGAAUAGUAAAAAUCAUUGAUUUUGGCUGCUCCAUCGUGUUCAAGUACCCUUUUGACAACAGGAUCAUUCUUUCUCGAGAACCACGCGGCUCGGAUCCGUAUAUAUGCCCGGAGGCCUUUAGUCGUGAUUCAUAUGAUCCAAGACUUGCCGAUAUUUGGGGAAUUGGUGUAAUGUUCUUUUGUAUGAGCAUCGGUAGAUUCCCGUGGUUGUCGACAAAAGAAUCCGAUUCAUCCUUCAAAGCAUACAUAAAAUAUCCAGACCGAUUACUGAAAAAAAUUCCCGAGGCGUCACGUCCAAUAAUACGUCGAAUAUUGGAGGUAAAUCCGGAGAAGCGCGCUACAAUGAAAGAUAUUCUAGAGGACAAUUGGUUUAAAGGAAUCGAAAUUUGCCGUUCGGACAAUGGUUGUUCGAAUGUUAACCAUACACACCAUUUAGUGGAAAGUAAAUAUGUUCCUAAUGAUGGUGACGAAGUGAUAUGA